CUACUCGCUGCGUGCGCUGCUUGCACGUGUACAUUCAUGGAUACGCGCGCACUUAAAAGUAUGUGUACAUAUACUUUAUAUGUACUCGAGCGUUGCACGUUGGAUUUCAAGCUGAACGAACAUGUAUCUUAGGCCUAAUUCACACAUUUUCAAGACGGUAAAGUGAUAUUAAUAUUAACCUCAAACAGAAGCGGAGAAAUAGGCCUACACAUGUAUUCUUUAGACAAUGCUGACCAACGUAGUGAGCAACUUUCACAGGGCAGAGCCCGCGGCACUACCUUAACGAUCAGAUAGCCAGGGCCUUCAUGUACAUUGUAAUUGUUUUCAAUAACGUUAUAUGUUGGUGGGCUGCACAUCUACCAAGUCGAGGAUGAGACAAAUGGAAGAUCUUGUUAAUGACAGAAAACAGAGCAGUGGGGAUCUGCAGAGUCGACUCAAAACAAGGAAGUUGCUGGGUGUUGGAGAGUGUGAAGAUGGUUCAGUACCAGUUUCUAAGAUAAGUCAGAUCUUGGGAAGUGAUGAUCAUUACUUGAUGACAUUGCCUAAUGGGCUGCGGUUAUGGCAGGUUGCAACAGCUAUUGUUUUCAGUGCAGUAGCAUUGCUGGCCAUGAUUUUCCCUGUACCAUUGUUUGAUGCCAUAUUUGCCUCCAACUGCAGUGCUGAUGCUAUUUUGCCCAUUCGUCUCUUUGGAGCAGCUUUGACAUGUCUUGGACUAUUAUUCUGGGGUGCUGUCAAGUCAGUCAGCAGAUAUAUCAUAAGAUGGACUUUGCUGUCACAAGUCCUGUACCUCUCCAUCCAAGCUACAGUGAUGAUGUGCAGUUUGUAUGGGAGUUUGUCCUUCAACUUCUCCAGCGUGCUGGUGCUGCUUGUUCUGUUCAUGGCUAUCACAAUCAGCUUGUAUUUUUAUGCCAUUCUGUCUGGAUUCAAUGCUAAGUGGCUAUGGAAACCCAAAAUGGUUACCUAUGAUGUGUCAUCGGCAGAUAAGAGUGAUUAGGCAAGGAUCAGCUGAAUGUCUUGCAUUGUCCACCUAGCAUAACCUCAGUCCAGUUGGUAUUUGGUAGUGGUGAAUGUCAGCUGGUGUCAUUUCAAUGAGCAAAUAAAACUGUCCAAGUUACAUAGAUACAUUUACAUGUAAAUAUAGUGUUAAUGUAUGUCACUUCAUUUCUCUGGAACUCCUGGGUUUAAAGAUUUGUUCAUGCAGCUUGUAUAAUUCAUUGUCUGCACUAUGAAGUGAUGUAUUGUGGAUAGUUGCCGCACCACAAACUGAUGUAUCGUGUGCACAAAGUCUAUGGAUGGUAAGUCACAUCAUGGUACACCAAAACAUCACUUCGUAGUGAAACCGACAAAUUAUAUGCAUGAUCAUUAUUGCACGUGUAGAGAUCGACCCCCCAUACCUUCAGAUAGCCUCAAUUAAACAUUGCUAUAAGGACAUUAUGGGUCUAGAUAAUGGGAGAUUAUAUAAACUGGAUUAUUACCUGCAGUUAUUUAGUCCCCAAGGCCCAAACUAUGAUUAAACAGUGCAGUUUAUUGAGAAAAAGUUAUCAUCUCCUCCAUUCAUUUGAGGGAAACUGCUUGAUUUAUUUGCCUUCAUCUUGCCCUCAAGGAAGAGAAGUAGAUAUCGCAGUGUUAAAUAACACAUCAGAAUCAUGGCAUACUGAAUAGUAGAAAGCACAAGUAACAUGAUUAGUAUACCAGUGGUAAAUCGAAAGCACCGCAGGUCUAAAAACGGUAGGACAGAAACAGAGUAUAACUUGGUUGGUUCAUUGGAGACAACAAUACAGGUAACUUUUAUGGAGAAAUGAAGAUGUCAGUAGAUUUAAUGUUUAGGAGCAUCAGAAUGAUAAAGGUAGCCCAACUCACACUGUUUGUCCCAGUUUUCUAUUUACAGUGCUCAAAUUCAAAUCAAUAGUUAAGUCAACUGAAGAGGGUUUGCUUGAAGUGACUGAUGUCCAAGAGAGGGUGUACUAGGUUUACCUGGAAUUUCAAUCUUGUUUUUCAAUUGAGGGAAAAAUUAUCAAUCUUUGGGGGAUCCCUCAUACUCCGCAUAGCAACACUCCACUGUUUCUUGUGUAUAUUCCAUUCAGGACACUUAAUAUACCAAAAAAUGCGUGUAUAAUGGAAAGAUAAUGUAUGCUGUGCAGUAUAUGAAACAUCAAACUGUACAUAAUGUAGCAUGCUUACACAUUCUACAAGUCAACUUCCACAGUGCUACAUUUUACAAUUGCACAUGUAGUUCAUGUGAAGUUGUGGUUGAAAGUUUACAUGCACUGGUACUAAAAGUUUUACUUACAAGAACUAAAUUACAGUGUUUAAGACCUGGCAACCCUUCCUGUUAUUUACGUAAUCAAUCAGAACAUGUGCUCUACUUUAAUCAUUUAUUCAAAAAUUCAUUGAAUUACAUAUAAAGUGGUGUGCUGACUCUUCAGCUACAGAAGGAAGAAUAAUUGUCAAGAAUCAGCAAAGUCGUAGAAAUUGUAUUUGAACUGUUUAAGUCAGACUUUUGACAACUGUAGAUGCCAGUUGAAUUGCUGUCACCUUUUUAUUUUGCAAAAUUACAAGUAUUACUCUCUUGAAAUUAUUUGCUUUCAUGAAGUCUAGAAAACUUUUUUGGGCUAAUAAGAAAAUAAGUAAUAUCAAGAAGAUACCACUAUCCAUAUAGGGCGUAUGUGGAGUAUUUUUGGUUUUCUUCUGAUCAUAAAUCUCAUUCUUUCACAGACACAUUUUAUGACAGUGCCUGGAUACUUUUGCAUUCUAUCUGUUCAUUGGAUCGGCUAAUGGAAGCCAGAUAUACAUGUACAUUCUUUGAGCAAAACUACUUUGAAGAGAAACUACUUUGAGUAGAGCUACAGUGUACUUGGAGCAGAAAAGGACGUGAAAUCUGGAAAAAGAUUAUUUAAAAUUGCACUAAGAAUUAAAGAAUUAGUGAGUACAACACACUGACCAUUAUUAUGCAUGAAUGUUUAUUGCACAGUAUGAUUUGUAUUCGUGUCCACUGCAUGGAGUUAGAGUCGUACGCACAGUUUAGACAAAGUAUCAGUUAAAAUACAAACAGCAUUAUAUUUUACAAGACAGUAUAUACCUUUUCCAUGCGUAAUGUUCCAAAUACGUUAAGCAUUGUGUUUGGUCAAGGAACUUCUGCAGUUUUAUAAUCAUAUAAAAUGUCCAUAAAAUCCACCACUUUCAGUGUUUGAAGUAGAAACCUGCAGAGAGUAUUAUCAGAAAUUGCAUUUGUGCUCAGUGUAUAGUGGGCCAGCAGUCGCAUGACAUUCGUGCUGGUUCAGAACUAUGCAAAUACAAUACCUAUAGGUUAUGCAGUGUGGUGUUUCACCAGGGGAAAACAAGCAUUUUUAAACCAGUAAAUAAAUUCCUCAAGACUUAAUAUUAAAGCCUAGCAUUCAUCAAAAAUGACUUUGUGCUUGUAUAUGUGCAAUAUACAGAAUUCGUGCCAAUAAUUUGGUCAAAGUUGAAUUCAGUUCAGCUAGAGAUGCAUUCUGUCCCGCUUGAGCUCAUGUGGUACAUGUAGAUGCAAAAUUAACACAUAAGGGAUUUUGUUAGGGCAUAUCAAGUGACAAGUUAUUCAUGAACUUUGUGAAAAAUUCUUGCAAGUGGGAACAAGCCCUACCUUUGUGCUUGGCAGAUUUGUGCACUUAUGCAAAACAGGUUUAAUCAUUUUGAAGUUACAGCAACAAUAUUUCAUGAAGUAUACGAAAUAUAAACAUAACUUGGAGAACAAGAUAAAAUUGAAGUAGAAUAUGGAUGUUGCUAGCCUUCUUUAACUUCUGCCGUAACAAUUAUGGAACAACUCAUGGUAAAGUUCGUCACACUGGUGCAAUGAUGCCAUGUAGGUAUUUUUGGUGUAUACUGGCUUGAACCACAGAAGGGUCGAUGUAUAUACAUGUACAUGUACAAGUAUGUUCACAAAUGUACAUUUAGUUAUUUUUGUGUUAGUAGUACAGUACUUAAAACACUUGAAGGUCUAAUUGUAAUAAAACACAUUGUAUUAUAUAGAUAUAAAUGCAUCAGUUGCAUUAUGGAACAAGUUCUGGGGCGGCUUUUUGCAACUUGACACCUCGUUCCUGGCAAUGAUUUCACAAAAUGUGGCAUGACGUGGGAUGACAUGGCACAAAUUUUUGCCAUAGCUGCACAGUAUACGUUCAAUUUCACAGAAAGUUGCUUAGCUGCGUAACGUUUUAAUUAUAUUAAUUUCUUAGACUACAGUUACAGCUUUUACGACUGUACCUUUGCAAUAUUACAGCAGUCAUCUACCAGUCAUUGAAUUACCUUCACCCGCCAUUUGAAAAAACUUUUUUCUUCAUUGGCAUGGACAGAAAAUCUCAAAUUUCUCUUUCAGCCAAACAAAACUUUUCACAGACAUCUAAAUCAAAGCUGUGCAUUGUACGUUUCUUGUGCAAGCCUUGUUAAGUUAAGCAAUGAUGAACCUUAACCAAAUAUUUUAUUCAUUUCACUUUCGCUUUGUUCGGCAUAACUUACACCACCUAAAAUGAUUGCGUAAGUAACACCACAAAUUGUUGUGCAAGUUGGGGACUUUAGUGCUUAAGUUUUGUGAAAUCACUUUAAUUUGUUGCGCAAAGAAUGCAGUAAAAUGUGACAUGACAUGACACCAUUGUGUAAAGUGUCAUAAAAUCAGAUUCUCCAGGAAGGGUAGAAUGUCCUCUUUGCAGUGGUAUAAGCUUGUGAUGUUAUUGACACAGAUGAUGGAACGAAUUAGACCGAUGUUAAGGGUUUUGCCAUAACAGUAAUUUUUAUCUCGGUAUAUGUUUUAAGUGGACACCCUGUAUUGCAGAAACACCGUCAAUCAUGCUCUGGUUGAAACCUGACAAAGUUAACUUUAUACUGAAAAAAUAUAGUCAAGGUUUUGGAAUUACUAGUUUGUUGUUCAGGCUGUAUGCAGAUCAUUUGUUUUGACGUUAAUUAAUUUGGAAGUGUUAAUUGUUGUAUCACUGUCUAUUCAAUUUUAUUUUUCUUUGGAUUUGGCUCCCCCCCAAAAGAUAUCAGUCAGUACGGAUGGGGUGGAGCCCUCUCCCCCAUGAAAGACAUCUAUGGUAUGAUGUAUGCAUUUCUUUUUGUUCCACCUGUUUGCAAGCUGGAGUAGUUAGUCUUGCCAUUAAAAAUAUUAAAGUGACUUGAAAACUCUAAGUAUCAAAUGUGGGAAAUAAAGCAAUCGCAAAAUUCAACAAUAUUAGAUCUUUUAUUUCUAAUUGCUGGAAUAAAUUGAAUCAAGUUGUAUUGUCA